GCGCCGAUCUAACACUGGCGACGAAGGAACAGAACCAAGCGACGAACCUCGUGGCACAAGCCAACCUCAUAGAGCUAAGUCACUGAGAACCGAGUCACUUCGUAGGGAUUUCCAGAGGCAUGGCAUCAGCUGAAGUCACCUUGCCAGCCCUUGCUCCAUUCCGCCCAGGGAAGGACAAGUGGAAAUCCUACGUGGUAAAAUUUCGGCAGUACCUGAGAGGAAACAACAUCAGGGAUGCCGAUGAUGAUCGGAAAAAGGGCAUCUUCUUGGCCAACUGCGGAUCCGAAGUCCUAGACAUGGCAAUCGAUCUCGUAGCACCACGAGACAUCGAAGAAGUGCCAUGGACGGACCUGCUGCAGAUCCUGGAAGAACACUAUGCCCCAACUGGCACUCCAGUGGCAAACCGUUUCACCUUCCAUCAAAGGGAUCAAAAGGAAGGUGAGACCAUCAAAGAAUUUGUGGCCGCCCUGCGCCAAAUCGCAGCCAGCUGUGAGUUUGACCAUGUGGAUAACGCCAUCGCGGACCGCGUGGUUUUCGGCAUGAGGGACAGAGGCCUGCAAAAGAAAUUUCUGAGCAGGAAGAAACUCGUGCUCAAAGAUGUGGUGGAGGAAGCCACCGCAUCCGAAAUCUCGGAGAAAGCGGCUGCCGCAGUAAGCAGAGCAAAGGGAAUCCACAAGAUUCGCUCCACAACGCAAUCUUCAACUGAGGAUUCCGCAGCUGGAUCAGAGUCGGAGGAGGAAUCCACCGUACACAAGGUAUCCAGACCCCCAAGGCGGGAAACCGCCCAAAAAAGUUACAAGGGGGAGCGCUGCGCCAGCUGCAGAGGGGACCACCCCAGAGCCAGCUGCAAAUGGAGAGAUGCAACCUGCCGGCGUUGCAACAGGAGAGGGCACAUUGCAGAGGCAUGCAGAGCUGAGGAACCAGCCCCAGAACCCUCCAGCCACCGCCCUCGCGAAAACCGGGAGGACAACGCGAGGGCAUCCAGACGGUCCUCCUACCAAUCCAGACGCGGUGAGAGUGACGGGAACCGGAGGAGAGCAGUACACCAAACCACAAUACAUCUCCCCGAUGACGACGACACCGCCACUAAGUGCCACGCGACCGUGCUGCUUGAGGGGACCCCAUGCUCCAUGGAAGUAGACUCUGGCUCCGUCUACUCAAUCAUGGACUGGAAAAACUUAAAACGCAUCAAGCCAGACGUCCGCAAGAAGGACCUGAGACCCCUGCGCUCCAGGCUGGUGGAUUUCGGAGGAAACCACAUCGGAGUCCUGGGAAGAGCCUUGCUCCACGUGUCUUACCAAGAAUUCCAAGGCAACCUCCCCAUCACCAUCGUCGAGCACGACCGCCCAACCCUGCUAGGCAUGGAGUGGUUCAAGCCACUAGGGCUCGGGAUAGUAGGGGUUAACCAAAUUCGUCAGGACGAACUCGACACCCUCCUCGAAGAAUUCAAGGAAGUCUUCGACGGUAAGCUGGGGAAAUUUGUGGGGAAGCCCAUUUCCUUUAAUCUUGAUAAGACAAUUACACCCAUUAGGCUUAAGCCCCGCAGAGUUCCGUUUGCCCUGAGGCCCAAAGUAGAUGCUCAGCUAGAUAAGCUGAUAGCCCAGGGCGUGUUGGAACCAAUCGAUCAUGCGGCAUGGGAGACGCCCAUUGUGACUCCCAUGAAGCAUGAUGGAUCUGUGCGCAUCUGCGCCGACUACAAAUGUUCGAUCAAUAAGGCCCUUUCGCAGAGCGCAUACCCAGUUCCAGUGGUGCAACAUCUGCUGCAUUCACUUGGGAGUGGGACAAUAUUUGCAAAACUGGACCUGGCCCAGGCUUACCAGCAAUUGCCAGUGGAUGAAAAAACUGCGGAGGCACAAACGAUUGUCACCCAUAGGGGCGCAUUUAAGUGCAACCGCCUCCAAUUUGGAGUCAGCGCAGCCCCAGGCAUUUUUCAAUCAAUGAUGGAACGCCUUCUCCAAGGCAUUCCAGGGGUGGUGCCAUACUUUGAUGAUGUGUUGAUCUCCGGACACUCUAAAACCCAGCUGCUUGAGCGACUUAAACAAGUCUUGCGGCGCUUCAAGGAGAAGGGUUUAAGAGUGAGGAGGGACAAAUGCAUCAUUGGGGUCCAGGAGGUCGAGUUCCUGGGCUAUCUCAUAGAUGGCACCGGCAUCCACCCCACCAAAGCUAAAGUCAGGGCAAUCCACGAAGCUCCAGCCCCCAAAAACAAAGCCGAGCUUCAAGCAUUUUUGGGAUUGCUAAAUUUUUAUGCGGUGUUCCUUAAACAGAAGGCAACAGCCGCUGAGCCACUCCAUCGAUUGCUGGGGAAAGCGGUUCCGUGGAGAUGGGGGACAGAGGAAGAAAACGCCUUCAAGACCAUCAAGGGGCUCCUAUCCUCCGACAGCGUGCUGAUCCAGUACCACGAGACGCUUCCGCUGCUACUGACCUGCGACGCUUCUCCAUAUGGGAUUGGCGCAGUCCUCAGCCACCAGCUCCCCAACGGAUCAGAGGCACCCAUCGCCUACUUCUCUAAAACGAUGUCCAGCACCGAGAGGAAUUACAGCCAGCUGGACAAGGAAGCCUUGGCCAUUGUGGCUGGAGUCAAGCGCUUCCAUGAGUACCUAUAUGGCCGGAACUUCACGGUCAUCACUGACCAUAAGCCACUCUUGGGACUAUUAGCGGGUGACAAACCCACACCUGGCUACAUGUCGCCCAGGAUGACACGCUGGGCCAUCUUCCUCGCCGGGUAUGCUUACAGACUCAUUCACAAGCCCGGCAAAACCAUCGGGAACGCAGAUGCCCUGAGUAGGUGCCCAUCCAAAGAGCCAGUAGAAGACCCCGCACCCACCAUAAGCCUCCUCCACAUCGACGCCGACAGAGACUGCCCAGUGACGUCAGCAGAUGUGGCCACCCAUACACAGAGGGACCCCAUACUCAAGCAAGUGAGAUCCUGGGUCCUGCGAGGCUGGCCAGCAGAAAAACCGGCAGAAAAGUUCAGCCCUUUCGCACGGAAGCAACAGGAGCUGUCCACCAUGAAAGGCUGUAUCCUAUGGGGAGACCGGGUGCUGAUUCCCAGCGCCUUACAGAAGAAAACGCUCGAGACGCUCCACAACGGACACCCGGGCAUCGUAAGGAUGAAAGGACUGGCACGGAGUUACGUCUGGUGGCCAUCCCUGGACAAGGACAUUGAAGAGUGGGUCGCCAGAUGUGACCCGUGCCAAGAGGUACGCCCCGCCCCAGCCCAAACCCCAGUGUCAGAGUGGGAGAUGCCCAGCAGCCCAUGGGCACGGAUCCAUAUUGACUUCGCGGGUCCAAUGCAGGGGCACUACCUCUUAAUCGUUGUGGACGCUUUCUCCAAGUGGCUAGAGGUCAUCCCCAUGGCAUCUACCACUUCCGAAGCCACCAUCAGGGCACUCAGGCGCCUAUUCGCAACACACGGGCUGCCGGAUGUCCUAGUCUCUGACAAUGGCCCACAGUUAACAUCCAAGGCCAUGGAAGAGUUCCUGGCGGGACUGGGCAUCCGCCACGCCCUCACCGCAUUUUACAGGCCAGCCGGAAACGGUCAAGCGGAACGCAUGGUGAGACUCACCAAGGAGACGCUCACCAAGAUGGGUCCGGGCGACUGGCAAGAGAGGAUUGACAACUUCCUCCUUACACAACACAUCACCCCACAUGCCACCACCAAGAAGAGCCCAGCUGAGCUACUGAUGGGCAGACGCCUGAGGUCACCCCUGGACCGGCUGCACCCCCAGUAUAACCCCGAAGUGACAGCAACGGCCAGCCGGCCGCUCCGCGCCUUCACCAUAGGAGACCCGGUGUUUGCGCUUAACUUCAACGGCUCUCCGAAGUGGCUAAAGGGGAGAAUAGAAAGCACAACCGGCCCGAAGUCCUACCGAGUCGAGCUGGAAGAUGGACAGGUCUGUAGACGGCACAUCGACCAGCUUCGGAAAAGGUGGAGGGGAUCGGAAGGAAACCAGCCCGACGGGGUAGGCCUACCACACCCCGACGAGGUAGGCCUACAACACCCCGACGAGGUAGGCCUGCAACACCCCGGCAGAGCAGACCUGCAGCACUCCGGCGAGGUAGGCCUACCACACCCCGACGAGGCAGGCCUACAACACCCAGGCGAGGCAGGCCACCGACCCCCCGACGAGGCCGGCCAAGCACAUUCCCAUGAAAUCCCUCAGCGACGAUCCAGAGCGGUAGACCGGGACCUGUCACAAGAGGGAUGGCACCCCCAACCCGGCAAGGUGGGCAUCCGCCACUCCAUGGAGAGGGACCGCCACAACAGUCAAGGGGUAGACCGGGACCCACCCAGGGAGGGGGGAUCGCACCCCUCCAGCGACGAGGGCCAACAACGGCCCUGCCAGGGAGACCAACGCUCCAGACAAGUAGACCGGGGACAACCACACGGGGGAGGCGCACAACAGGCAACCCAAGCCGGCCAGCGACCGACCGGCAAGGGAGACCCCAACCAGCAUCCAGACCGGGUCGACCAACACCAACCCUGCAAGGUCGACCAGCACCACUCCAGCAAGGAAGGCGCACACCACCCAGGCCAGGUCGAACAGCACCACCCCAGCGAGGUCGGCCAGCACCAACCCUGCGAAGCCAGCCAGCUCCAACCCAGCCGCGGGGAUGAACACCACCCCGGCGAGGUCGACCACACGGGACAGCGACAGCGACGGGAGCCCAACGAGACACCCACGGACUUACCGGGUUUCGGACGGCACCCACCGGACAGCAGCGUUGUCCCGCCGCGAGGUUCCAGAUUCUCCAGGCGAGGGAAGGACCAGCGACUCCAGCGCGAACUUCCAGAUGUUGCGGCCGGAGGUGCUGGGACGGAUCCCGCACACUCGACGGCCGGAGCCCCGGCCACCCCCACCGGGGAGCCGGGAAGGACAGGAGCUUCGCCCGCACAGGCCGGCGGCGAAGCUCAGACUGAACUGCGCAGGUCAUCUCGGGCAAGCAGGCGCCCCGCCUACCUGCGUGACUUCGUAACGUACAUUAAUUGUGAUGGACAUUUUUCAGACUAAGGGGGGAGGAGUGUUAUGUCCUUAUAUGGGCACCCGCCGGGGAUUGGCUAAUCUUCCGGCGGGAGAUUCAAAUAACUGUCAGUGGGCGGCUGAGUCUG